CGAGACAUAUGCGAAGACUCUGCCUAGCAUGGCGCUGGCAGCCGGCUCACGAUUCGUUCAUUCUAGAGGGAAAGAGAAAGAUAUGGGCACAGAGCAGCCGGGUCGGACGACUCCGAUUGCAGCACAAAUCGGGGCUUUGCAACUGUGCGGCUGACUGCGCGCUGGAGAGACAAGGAGAGAAAUGGCAGCCAUGAGAAAAUGCUGCGCACACGAUCACACAGACAGAGAGACAGAGGGACAUGAGGUGAGCACGUGCACGUGGACAUUAAACACUUCGCCUGACCAGAAGAUGGCGACCAGGAGCAAGGUCAGUAGUCUGCGGCGCACAACGCCUUUCUCGUGCCUGGAGGAUAGCAUGGGCAGGUUGUGCCAUCUCAUCAUGACACACAGCACGCACAUCUCGAAUAGCUGCUCGAAAGCCACCAGUAACACCAAACCAAUGCCUCCCUCCACAAGCUGCUCCCAUGGUGCGCCCGCAUAACCUUGGACCGUAAGCACACUCAGGUUAGUAAACAGAAGGGCCGUCAACUCGCAAUUGGACCAGAUGUGAAUUUGGUCGCACAGCGAACGUAGGUACCUUUGGAGAAAAGGGUAUAAAGAUAUAGUAUCUCUGAGCUUCAUGGUGUAGUGUACCAUGACUGGGGAUACCUUGGAGACACUUCAAGUAAGGUCAAGGCCGACUGCAGCCCUCCGAUCGGACCGCAGCCCAGCUGUGCGCCGCUGAGAGAGAGCGCUGCGCUCAUAAUAGAGCUUUGACGCCUCAGCGGAUGGCUAUCAUUUCUCUCGCUCUCCUGCCUCUCCAUCGCAUCAUUGUCUUUGCCCAUAGGUUGCCCACUUAUAGCCUCCUCCUUGGUUGUGGCGAGGGCGAUGUUCGUCAGCUGAUGACCUGUGGGUGUUCCUUUGUUGGAGCAAGCCUGGGCAAGCCUCUUGGCCCACACACACAGCAGGACCACUGAAAUACACACAAACGGAAACAAGAAUAACUGUAGAAGAAUGCACUCAUCUUUCCAUGGCCACUGACGCACGUACAGUAGGGGGCUGAGAUGUCCGUGAUCAGGUCGAAGAGUGACAUGAAGACGCUGUGGACCAAUUUGCUACUGAACUUGACGGCCUCGGACUGAAGCAUUCUCGGGAAGAAAAUGUAUACCUGUUGAGAAAUCAAAUAGGCUACAGCCGAGGUUGUACCUCUGCGGGCCGAAAUAUCAAUUCCUCAGCAAUACCAUCGCAGGCAUCGUGAUAUGCAGCGAGUUGCAUGUUGGGGGCCCCUCCUGAAUACAGAUUGGAUCGUGAGAAAAAAGUCCGCUGUCAUACUGUGGGUGUGUCUCUGUGUCAAUUCGUACUUUGAGUGACCGCACGAGCUUGUUAACAAGUCCCAUAGGGGCAAGAGGACGGCUUGGUAGAUGACAGCCAUACGUAAUCGAUCCCCAUCAGUAGAUGCUGCAGCAGCAUACUUUGGCGAAAGGGCGUAGAUCCAAACUAGGCCCAUUGUGUAUGCCACCGCGAAGGCUGCCGUAGCUUUAACCGUGUACUCUCGCUUGGCCCUCAUACCCAGCGACCCCGCAGUGCGACGGAAGUACACACAGACGGCUACAUAUGUUGAGCUCCAUAUGAUGGGAGCAAUGAUUUUUCUUCUCUCCUGGCUGUCAGAAUGAAGCUGAUGAUCAAUCGAGAUAAAGAGAUUCAGCGCCAUCAUUGGAAGGAAGAGGACCGACUCCUUCUUCAGCCGCGUCAUCAUUCUUUGCAGGUCGGUCCCGUCCGUGAUGUGCACGGCGAAGAGAGGUAUUGCGAGAGACAAUAUAAUCCGGCGGAACACAUCAAACACCACCCCGAAGAUACUCGACGUGCACGAGUGCCCAUAAAUCAAACCAAAGCCAACAAGGACAAUGGCGAUGGCUAAGCUGGCCGCUAACUGCUGCAUUGCGAAUGUGAAAACCCGUCUCGUAGUCAUGCAAAGCGGCUCCGGCUGAAACGUGGCACCGACAAGCACUUCUGCCGUGGUGCCGUUUGGAUGGCUUAUCGUCUUAUACUCGAGCGUGGUGGGCCACUCUUCGUGAGCGGCUUCAUAGCCCGCCGCUUCCCUGAACAGGCCAGGAGAACCGAGAGACAGUCAUUUGUAUCUGCAUGAUCUGCUCUGACGCUUCAUUCCAGUACCUGAAUUCACCAACCAUCGCAUUUAUAAUCAGCUCCUCGCGACGCAACUCACGGCCAGAGGACUCUCUGCGUGGGACGCUUGUCUGCCUCGCUUCAUUCAACUUGAAUGUCGCGGCUGUGCUCGUGGCUGAUGUGACAGAUGCCCGUCUUUCAUCAUCGCCAUGCGUUGUGGCCGUGAUGUGGUCCCCUGGUCCAGGUGCUGACAGUGUCUUGUCCUUCUCUUCAACGUCAUGGUGCUGUUGGCUCCACAGGCUGACAGAGGAUGAGAGAUUGGACGAGAAGGUCGAGAGGGCGGCUGGCUGGUCUUCGCAUUGGUCCCCAGCUGAUUGAGGAGGCCUCACAGCCUCUCCUAUCGGAAUCAUACUGAACAGUGCGGAGGACCAAAAGAGACAGAAUGCCAAGACUCAUCGGAUUUUACUAGUUGAGGCCUUCCGGAG